UUGGCGGAAGUGCGUGUAUGCGCGUGAGUGAGUGGAGUUGGGAGUCUUGGUGUGAGUUUCUAUUUCUGUGGUCGUUAUACUUUAUUUUCAAAGCUUUUCGUUUAUUUUGUGAAUUGAAGGAGAAGGAUUUAAGAUGUCGCAGGUUGUCCCGGGACAGUUUGACGACGCAGAGGACUCGGGCAGUGACUCCGAGUUCAGUCACAGUCCAGAGGAACAGGACAAACUCGGCAGAGCGACGUUACAGCUGUUGUCUCUAGACGCUAAAAGGAUAAAUGAUGAUAACCAGGAGGAUGAAGAGGACGAUGACGACGAUGAGGAGGAGGAGGAUGCUGAUGAUGUUGAAUGGGACUGGAAAGGGUCAGUCGGAGGAGACAUUACUAAGCGCUACGCGGCAAUGCGGACGGGGAACAGUCAGCAGGCAAACAGACAGAACACCCAAAAGUCAGAAAAGUUCUCGACGCCUUCAGACAAAGUGCUGAGGAAGUUCGAACACAAAAUAAACCUGGAUCAGCUGAACUACGCUCAUUCUGUCAUCAAUAAAGUCACAGCAAUGCAAAGACAGAGAGAAGCAGACACGUUUCGAGUUAAAGACAAGUCCGACAGAGCUACAGUGGAACAGGUGAUGGACCCCAGGACUCGCAUGAUUCUCUUCAAAAUGCUCAGCAGAGGCGUCAUUUCAGAGAUUAACGGCUGCAUCAGUACAGGGAAAGAGGCCAACGUCUACCAUGCGAGCACGCCUAAAGGAGAAAGCCGCGCUAUUAAGAUAUACAAGACCUCCAUCCUGCUGUUUAAGGACCGGGAUAAAUACGUCAGUGGGGAGUUCAGGUUUCGGCACGGCUACUGUAAAGGCAACCCGAGGAAGAUGGUCCGGACGUGGGCUGAGAAGGAAAUGAGGAACCUGAUCAGACUACAGACAGCAGGAAUUCCCAGUCCAGAGCCCGUCAUGCUUCGGAGUCAUGUCUUAGUCAUGGGCUUCAUAGGAAAAGAUGACAUGCCUGCACCCUUACUGAAGAACGCCGCACUGUCCGAAUCCAAAGCGCGAGAGUUGUACCUGCAGGUCAUCCAGAACAUGAGGCUGAUGUAUCAGGAGGCUCGGCUGGUGCACGCAGAUCUCAGCGAGUUUAACAUGCUGUACCAUGACGGAGAUGCCUACAUUAUCGACGUGUCUCAAUCAGUGGAGCAUGAUCAUCCUCACGCGCUGGAGUUUCUCCGAAAAGACUGCAGCAAUGUUAACGAUUUUUUCCAGAAACACAGUGUCGCUGUGAUGACGGUUCGGGAGCUGUUUGAGUUUGUCACAGACCCGUCCAUCACCAACGACAACAUCAACCAGUACCUGGAGAAGGCGAUGGAGAUCGCAUCAGCCCGAACAGCAGAGGAGAGGUCUAACCAGGACAAAGUGGACGAAGAGGUGUUUAAGAAGGCCUAUAUUCCUCGUACGUUGAAUGAAGUGAGUCAUUACGAACGAGACGUGGAUGCCAUGAUGAAGGAGCAGGAGAACAAACAGAACGAUAACAUCCUGUACCAGACAGUGACGGGCCUGAAAAAGGAUUUAUCAGGCGUACAGACGGUUCCUUCCUUACUAGAGGGCUGUGCUGAAGAAGGGAGCUCCAGCAGUAGUGGUGGUGAGGAGGAGGAGGAGGAGGAGGAGGACGAUGAAGAUGAGCACGAAUCUGGAGAAGAGGACACGCAGGAACACAGCGGCCAGGACAAGGAGCAACCGCUGGACAAAAAAGAAAGAAAGAAGUUGGUAAAAGAAGCUCAGAGGGAGAAACGAAAAAAUAAAGUACCAAAGCACGUGAAGAAGCGCAAAGAGAAAGUGGCCAAGAUGAAGAAAGGACGAUGAAAAGGAAUCAUCAGGCUCGGGUUUGGGCUCGUGACUGAUGGACAGAAAACAUUUAGUUAAAAAAAAAAGGCACGUGUGUCUUUAUUCUUCUCAUCAACCUCAUGUACAUCUGAUGAUUUGGUAAAUUAAACAUGUUUUUAAAAGUU